AUGCUCCAUACAUUUCUAAAAGAAAAUGAUAUGAACUUGAAUGAGAUCGUCAAAAAUGAGUUCAUUGACCACUUAUCUAACCUCAAAAUUCAUUUCGAACACUAUUUUCCAAAAAAUAAUCAACAACAAAAUUGGAUCAAAGAUCCCUUCAGUGCUGACCUUCCAACAAAUUUGUCAUCUAUUGAACAAGAACAGUGGAUCGAUGUAACAUCAGAUUCCACAAUGAAGACCAAGUUCGGAUCAUCGUCGUUAACACAAUUUUGGACGCAUGUGAAACUACAAUACACCGAAUUGGCCACCAAAGCUUUGAAAAAUUUAACACCUUUUGCAACUUCGUACCUCUGUGAGACCGGGUUUUCUGCGUUAGCCGUAAUUAAAACAAAAUAUCGAUCAAAAGUGAACGUUGAGAAGGAGAUGAGAAUAGCUAUUUCCAAACUUGAGCCACGAUUUGAACAUAUUUGA